AUGCAAACAUUUUCAUAUACUGUUGUAUUAUUGUCUACCAUUUUAAAAAUAUUCGAAUCACUUGAAAUUAUUCAAGUAAAUUAUCCAAAUGCAACAGUAGAAACUUCAAACAGCUGGAUCAUUCAUGAUAGUAUUAAUGAAGGUUUUAUUAUUGAUUGUGGAUGUUAUUGGCUUCAUGGUCUACACAUUGCAAGAACUUGGCGACAACAUUUUGCACAUCCAAUUUUACCGAAAUUUAUAAUAUUGACACAUACUCAUCCCGAUCAUUUAACUGGUCUUGUUAGUUUACUUCUCGAAUUAAAUGUGACUCGAUCUGCACAAUUACCAGUAUAUGUUUCAUCUCAAGGUGAUCUAACAGAAAUGAAUCACUGGCUUGAUGUUUGGCGAACGAUAAAUCCAUUUGAAAAUAGUGUUUUAUUCGAUAUCAGACAAUCUCCAGCAAGUUUUUCUUAUAAUAAUUAUGUACGUGUUCUCGAUCGGCCAAUUAAAAUAUUUGAUAGUGAAGACAGUGUUGUAAUAAUCGGUGGUUUUCUAGCAGCAGAAUCACUUCAGACGACUUUGUUGUUUGUUCCACCAUUAAAUGCACUCUUUACAGGAGGAUUAGUAGCAGUAAAAAGUCAUUUAUGGACGAAUAUUUUCUUACCACCGUAUAACACGUAUCCUGGCUCUGAUCAACACAUAUGCAAUUGGAUCGGUGCUCUUCGAUCAAUUCAAUGUGUUUUUCCUUCAACAACCGUCAUUUAUCCUGGUUAUGGACUAUCUGCAUCGGAUAAGGCUGGAAUGUCGUUUAAUGAAGUAAUUGACACAAAUCUAAAUUGGUUGAUCUCUAUGCGAAAACUGGCAUUUAACUCAUGCAAUAAGUCAUUUGUAAUGGAAAAACUAAUGAAUCUUUUUCCUAAUUUUACGAUGGUAGAAGCGUCAUAUGCGUCUCUAUCUUCUCAAGUUCCACUAUCGGCCAUCGGUCUUGGAUGCAAAUGCAACGGAAAUAUGCCAGAUGUUUGUGCCGGUCUCGUUCCUCCUACAUGCCCGUUUGUACCAUAUACAAACAAAUCACUGUCUUCGCAAACAACACAAUCCAUUAGUUGUAUGCCAGAAAAUCUCAAACGUUUAUCGAGUGAUGCAAGAAAAAUGUCACUUGAAUUUCUUGUGUUCGCUAUUGCCACUGUACAGUCAAUUUUUAAAGUUAGAUCGUUUUCAUAA